GUCGUGAGUACAUAAAUUGUUAGAUCGUCAACUAGUGUAGAGUCUUCAGCUUAUGGUCUUUUUAGUUUUUAGAGAUGAAUAUGUGGCGCUUUUGCUUAUGUAUAAUAUAUAUCACGGUUGGUGUGUAUUCACACACAUGUAUUAUCAAUCAAGAAAUAGAAAACGAACAAAUGGUAACUGAUUUCAGUCUUCUUGCUCCAAACGAAAAUAUACAAGUGAAUGCAAAAAAACAUUCUUACAUAUGUAUCACUGUCGGAAUAUCUGAACAUAAAUUCAAUGUCCGUCAAGCUAUGCAAAACCAACAAGUGAUACCUGAUGUCAUUCCUGUCGCUCCAAAAGAAAUUUUACAAGUUAAUUAUGCGAGUGGUAAGAAAGCGUUACUCGGAAAUGAACUUACACCCACUGAAGUGAAAGACCUACCGUCAGUUAGUUGGAAUGCUGAUCCUAAUUCAUUUUAUUUGCUAUGUUUGACCGAUCCUGAUGCUCCGAGUCGGGCUGAACCUACAAUAAGAGAAUGGCAUCAUUGGUUGGUAGGAAAUAUACCUGGCAAAAAUGUAAGCCUAGGCGAAACGCUUUCCGAAUACUUAGGUUCUGGACCUCCACCAGAAGCCGGAAUACAUCGAUAUGUAUUUUUAGUAUACAAACAACCGUCAAAACUGUCAUUUGAUGAGCCACGUUUAAACAAUAGAUCUGUGGAACAUCGUGAGAAAUUUUCAAUCAAUAAAUUUGCAUUGAAGUACAAUUUAGGAACACCUGUGGCUGGUAAUUUUUACCUGGCCCAGUACGAUGAUUAUGUUCCAACUCUUUAUCAGCAAUUAGGAAUUAACUAAUUUCAUCUCCAAAGUGUUGGGUUAUGUUUAAAAAUGACUAAUAAAUAUAUUAUUCACGUAGAAAAU